AUGAGUACAUCACUGGACGACAUCAACAACCACGUCACUUGCAUGGCGAUGGACUGUGAUCGUUUCAAGAAGCUGGUUGGUGAGAUGGAAGGGCUUAAGGAAUCAGGAAGUAAACGCGAUAUCGAGGCGACGAGGGUGGUCAGGAUUAGUGUGGCAUGCGGUGUAGUGGUUCUUGUGUUGGCUACGAUUAUUGCCCUUCUAAGGGCUGAUAUACUGUCCAUUCACUCCCGUCUAUUCCAUUUAUCUUGUCGUGGUUUGACAUUCAUCCAUGGCGCUUGCGUACAAUGA